AUGUCUGUACCUGGACCUCCGCUCUGGCCCUGCACACCGACUUGUCCCAGGUGUCUUGUCAGCUGUCAGGGAACGUGCAGCGCAGACAGCGAUGGCGCGACCGCGAGCGUGGAGGGUCAGGCGUCAAGUCCGGCGGAUAGACAAGCAUGUGGCAGUGACGCCCCGAUGGCAGGCUGGGACAGGAGCGCUGCGGCCCCUGUCACCCACCUGCCUACCUUACACACCAUCGCCACAGAAUCCAACUCUGAGCACCAGCUACACGCCACCUGCACCAGCGACCAUUUAAACGUCCUCCUGGGCAACCGUACCAUCGGCAAAACUCAAUCACCCUGUCUGCGGUCCGAGGGGGACACAGCUCCCUGA